AUGUCUGAAUUGAAAGUGGAUACGGGUAGGCUUUCGCACAUCGCCAACAGUGGGCCGAUGUCGAUUCUGGCAUACUGCGCGUCGUCCAUCCUGAUGACGGUAACAAACAAGUGCGUGGUGGGGUCUGACAAGUUCAAUAUGCUGUUUGUGAUGCUGUUUGCGCAGUCACUUGUGUGUGUUACCGCUUUGGUGCUGCUGAAGGCGUUGGGUUACGUGCAGUAUCGGCCCCUGAACAAAGUGGACGUCAAGAACUGGCUGUUGAUCUCGGUGUUGCUGGUGCUGAUGACGUACACGUCAUCACGGGCGCUGAAGUACCUGGCCGUGCCGAUCUACACGAUUUUUAAGAACUUGACGAUCAUCCUGAUUGCCUACGGAGAGGUGCUUUUCUUCGGUGGGCGCGUGACGGCGAUGGAGCUAUCGUCGUUCUUGCUGAUUGUGCUCUCCUCUGUGGUGGCCACUCUGGGUGACCAGCAGGCGCUGGCCAAGAAGCCGCUGGCUGCUGCUGUCGAGAGCAUCUUGGGUUUGAACGUGGGCUAUUUCUGGAUGUUUACCAACUGCAUAUGCUCCGCGCUCUUCGUGCUGAUCAUGAGAAAGCGGAUCGCUCUGACGAAGUUCAAGGAUUUUGACACAAUGUUUUACAACAACAUCCUGUCGCUGCCACUUCUAAUGCUGGCCUCCUUCAUGUUCGAAGACUGGGGGGCUGCUAACAUCGCACGGAACUUGACCAAGGACUACAUUAUCAUCAUGAUUAUUUCCGGUCUGGCGUCCGUUGGUAUCUCAUACUGCUCGGGCUGGUGUGUCAGAGUGACAUCCUCUACUACUUACUCUAUGGUUGGUGCCUUGAACAAGCUUCCGAUAGCGUUGUCGGGUCUGCUCUUCUUUGAUGCCCCCAAGAACUUUCUAUCCAUAUUCUCCAUCUUCUUAGGCUUCCUGUCUGGUAUCGUUUAUGCAGUUGCGAAGCAGAAGAAGCAGAGUCAGCCGGCGAAUUGA